GGGCUGUCGCCAAGGCAGCGAAGAGGCGGGAGCGCCCGGUCAACAGAGGUCCAGAGCAAAAACGCGGGCGGGGGGCUGGAGAGACAGGUUUAUGUACUGCGUGCAUUCAGCAGGCGGAGCCUCGAGCGCCGAGACCCGGCUUGGUAAGGCCGGGGGCCCGAAAACUUGUUGAGUCAGUUUUUAGUGAAAAAGCAUUGACCUAGGAGCCAAGACCCACCUCUUCACUAAUUUGAUGUUGUGCAAGUCAUCUUACCUCUCUGGAUCUCAGUUGCCUGAUCUGUAAAAAGGAGAUAAAAAUUCUUUACUUAUCUGAAGAUGAGGUGGAGGACCAUCUUACUACAAUGUUGUUUUCUCUUGGUUUCCUGCCUACUUACUGCUCUUAAAGCUGUGCCUAUAGACAUAGACAAGACAAAAGUAAAAAAUACUCAACCUGUGGACAGCGCAAGGAUAGAACCACCAGAUACUGGACUUUAUUAUGACGAAUAUCUUAAGCAAGUGAUUGAUGUGCUGGAAACAGAUAAUCAUUUCAGAGAAAAGCUCCAGAAAGCAGACAUAGAGGAAAUAAAGAGUGGGAGGCUAAGCAAAGAACUGGAUUUAGUAAGUCACCACGUGAGGACAAAACUUGAUGAACUGAAAAGGCAAGAAGUGGCAAGGUUAAGAAUGCUAAUUAAAGCUAAGUUGGAUUCCCUUCAAGAUACAGGCAUAGACCACCAUGCUCUUCUAAAACAAUUUGAUCACCUAAACCACCUGAAUCCUGACAAGUUUGAAUCUACAGAUUUAGAUAUGCUCAUCAAAGCGGCCACAAGUGAUCUGGAACACUAUGAUAAGACUCGACAUGAAGAAUUUAAAAAAUAUGAAAUGAUGAAGGAACAUGAAAGAAGAGAAUAUUUAAAAACACUGAAUGAAGAAAAGAGAAAAGAAGAAGAAUCUAAAUUUGAAGAAAUGAGGAAAAAGCAUGAAAAUCAUCCCAAAGUUAAUCAUCCAGGAAGCAAAGAUCAACUAAAAGAGGUAUGGGAAGAGACUGAUGGAUUGGAUCCUAAUGACUUUGACCCCAAGACAUUUUUCAAAUUACAUGAUGUCAAUAAUGAUGGCUUUCUGGAUGAACAAGAAUUAGAAGCCCUAUUUACUAAAGAGUUGGAGAAAGUAUAUGACCCCAAAAAUGAGGAGGAUGAUAUGGUAGAAAUGGAGGAAGAACGGCUUAGAAUGAGGGAACAUGUAAUGAAUGAGGUUGAUGCUAACAAAGACCGAUUAGUGACUCUAGACGAGUUUUUGAAAGCUACAGAAAAAAAGGAAUUCUUGGAGCCAGAUAGCUGGGAGACACUGGAUCAGCAACAGCUCUUCACAGAGGAAGAACUGAAAGAAUAUGAAAAUCUUAUCUCUUUACAAGAAAGUGAACUUAAGAAAAAGGCAGAUGAACUUCAGAAACAAAAGGAAGAGCUACAGCGUCAGCAUGAUCAACUUGAGGCUCAGAAGCUGGAAUAUCAUCAGGUUGUACAGCAGAUGGAACAAAAAAAAUUACAACAAGAAUUUCCUCCAUCGGGGCCUGGUGGAGAAUUGAAGUUCCAGCCACACAUUUAAAGUCCGAAGUCCACCAGAACUUGGAAGAAAAUUGUUAAAUCAACAUCUGUGUCAUCUUUUUACCACCCUUCCUUUUUUUCUGCUCAAUAAAUAUUUUAAAGCAUA